AUGUCAGUCCAAUCAAAGCUGCUCGAGACGGCGAUAGACCCCGAGAAACGGCGGCGAGCGCUUCUGCUGGCCGUCGGCGGCGUCGCUUCACUGGCAGUGGCUCAUUGGAUGACUGUGACGAGAGCGCGGAAGCACGGAAAACGGCUGGAGAAGGAGGAGAGUGUCUCUUCGGACGGAACGCCCAAAACGGUCAAGAAGAAGGCGUUCGAUCCGCAGUUUUUAAGGCAGUUGAGGGAAUUGGUCAAGAUUAUGGUGCCCGGAGUGUUCAGCAGAGAGGCCGGCAUUAUUGGUGAGUUGAUUGGCGUGUCACGGCGACCAAAAGUGUAGAAAGGGGCGUGGCUUAAUCUGAGACGCGUUUUCUGAAAAUUGCCGCAAUUUCAGCACUUUUCCGAUAUUUUUAUGUUUGAUAUCGAUGAAAGAAGAGCACAUUAAAGAGAGAAAACAUCGAAAUUUUCGUGAAAACGCCGCGUUUCAGACGUUUUUGGCGUAUUUCGCAAUACGCGCUCCGCGGCCAAUCGCCGCCGCAAUUUCGGAAUUUUCAUACCGGCCGAUGUGAGUGUCGGAAGUGAUUAAGCACGUUAAUACAAGUAUUUUAAGCGUUCAAACGGCAAAAAGUAUCGGCGAAUGACUGAAAUUCGCGCAUUUUCAGCACAAAACUUGAAAAUCGAUUCAAUUGAUUCAUUCUCUGAAUGAAACCUGCUCGUUUUAAGCUCAAAAAAUGCGCGAUGAUUAGUUUAACAAAGUUAUGCAAUCACAUCGCCGAAACCCGUACAAAAUUUGGGUAAUUUUUGACGAAAAACAUGAAAAAUUGGGUUAAAUUUCGAAUCUUCGCGCCAAAAUGGUGAUAAACCGUACACGCUAGGCCACGCCCCUUUCUACGUUUUUGGUCGCCGUGCGUGUUUGAUGAGAAUUUCUGGAAUAUUAUAGAAAAACUGCGCAAAUUCGGACGUUUUUGCUGAAAAAGCGAAUAGCUGUUGUAGAAGCACUAGAAUAAUUGGAAUUUGUUGAAAAUCCAUCAUUUUUCAUACAGGAAUGCACUCGAUCAUUCUGAUCUGCCGAACCUUCCUCACAAUAUACGUGGCACAGUUGGAAGGAUCAAUGGUACAAGCGAUUGUGGAGAAAGUAGGUGCUACAGUAGUAUCCCUACAGUAAUCCCGAUGAUCUAGGAUGUUCUUCAAUUCGUUCUGCACCUCGUCAAAUGGAUUCUCGUCGCCAUUCCCGCCACAUUCGUCAAUUCGAUGAUCCGAUUCUUCGAAUCGUAUCUCGGCUUGGCGUUCCGGACCCGGCUCACGAAACACGCGUACAAACAGUACUUUUCGGUGAGUUUCACGAAAAUUGUUCUACGAGUAAUAUAGUAAAGAGUGUGAAAAGUUGAUGAAAAUAUGGGAAAUGUGAAACUGAGAACAGACAUCGCACCGGAUUUCAGGAUCAAACGUACUACGCCGUCUCGAACCUCGACACCCGACUCCAGAACGCCGAUCAGUGUCUGACCGAGGACAUUACAAUGUUCUCGCAGAGUGUCGCCCAUUUGUACUCGCAUUUGACAAAACCGGUACUUGAUAUUGCCCUUAUCACGUGAGUUUUUCGGCGGUUUUAGCAAAUAGUAGACAUGACAAUGUAUUUCAGUUGCUUGAAGAGAUAUUAAAAAAUUGUCAACUGAUAAAAUAUGCACAAUUUUCUAAUGAGCAUUUGGUUAGUUGACAACUUUUUAUUAUCUCUAAGAGCAGCUGAGAUACAUCGUCUUCAAUGAAGAAGGUACGUUCAGAUUCACCCUUGUGAGACUGGCAGUUCAGCGCGGAACAGGUCAAUCCACAUUCCUCCCCUCCUGCCUCGCGAUAAUCGCCGUCUCGACGACUGCCAAGAUUCUGAAAGCGGUGAGUCCCCGAUUCGGACACAUGGUCGCCGAGGAAGCCCGUCGGAAGGGACACCUACGCUACCUGCACUCGCGAAUCAUCACCAACUCGGAGGAGAUCGCAUUCUACGGCGGUCAUCAGGCCGAGUACAAACAGUUGGACGGUGCGUACAACUCACUCUACGAGCAGAUGAUGACGAUAUUCAAGAAGCGCAUUCCGUACAUUAUGAUCGAGCAGUUCCUUAUGAAGUACGUGUGGUCCGGCACUGGAAUGGUCAUGAUUGCACUGCCGAUUCUUGCCGCCGAGUAUGCCGACGAUGAGAGUGAGUAAGGACGUGAGAAAAACACUGUUUCAAUGCUUUUAGAAGCGACAAAGCUGGAAGACCUUCCGGAUCACGGAGUCUCGGAACGAACACGUGGAUACGCGACCGCCAAGACCCUUCUGUUCAAUUCGGCCGACGCCGUCGAGAGACUGAUGACGAGCUACAAGGAGAUCACAGAGUUGGCAGGGUACACGGGAAGAGUUCACGAGAUGUUCCGCGUGUUUGACGACGCCAAAAAGGGCAUCUAUCAGAGAUUGACAGUAACCGAACAAGCGGCCAGAGGAGAACGAUUCGAUACGUCGAGAAUUGAGGGUAAGAUCUGUUUAUUCAAAACGCUAUAUGUCAGCUGUCGGUGGAGAUAUCAAAUAGUUGUCAACUGAUAAAAUGUUAAUUGAGAAAUUUUGUACAUUUUAUCAGUUGACAACUAUUUUCUAUCUCUAUAGACAACUGAGAUACAUCUACUCAAAGUUGCUUCUACUUGCAGGCCUAAUCACCGACUCGGAAACCGAUUCGAUUGUCCUGAACAACGUGCCAAUUGUGACGCCAAACGGAGAUGUCGUCGUGAAAAACAUGACGCUAACUGUAAAUCUGUAACUUUUUGCUUAAAAUUCAAGUUUACAUCGUCAGAUAACGACAGGAAUGCACGUUCUGAUCACGGGACCGAAUGGAUGCGGAAAGAGCUCAUUGUUCAGAAUUCUCGGAGGACUUUGGCCGGUUUAUCGGUCAGUUUUUAGGCUCCAAACAACCGUUCGUGUGCGGUGUGAACAUUUUUUGAUGAUUCAGUGGUCAACUCGAAAAACCAACAUCGGACCGCAUGUACUACAUCCCUCAGCGACCGUACAUGACGCUCGGCACCCUUCGAGAUCAGGUCAUCUAUCCGGACACGACGAUUCAGAUGCGAAGGCGAGGAAUAUCGGAUCACGACCUGAUGGUGAUGCUGCGAAUUGUGCACUUGGAGCAUAUUGUGGAGAGGGAGGGCGGUUGGGAUGCGCGCAACGAUUGGAUGGACGUGCUGAGCGGAGGCGAGAAGCAGAGAAUGGGCAUGGCGCGGGUGUUCUAUCAUAAGUGCGCCGGAAGCGGGGGGUACUUGUUGUACGUACUCUCACGUUUCAGACCAAAAUACGCGUUGCUCGACGAGUGCACCUCUGCAGUGUCGAUCGACGUGGAAGGAAGCAUCUAUCAGGCGAUCAAGGACGCCGGAAUCACUCUGCUCACAGUCACACAUCGCCCGAGUUUGUGGUCAGUUUGCAAAACGUCUCCUUUCUUCAAACUAGCACGGCGGCCAAAAACGUAGAAAGGGGCGUGGCGCCUAGCGUGCACGGUUUAUCACCAUUUUGGCGCGAAAUUCGAAAUUUAACCCCAUUUUUCAUGUUUCUCGUCAAAAAUUACCCAAAUUUUGUACGGGUUUCGGCGAUGUGAUUGCAUAAUAACUUUGUUAAACUAAUCAUCGCGCGCACUUUUUGAGCUUAAAACGAGAAGGUUUCAUUCAGAAAUGAAUCGAUUGAAUCGAUUUUCUCUUUUCGCUGCGCUUCUAGAGAAUAUGUUUUUCUGAUUCCUCACUUCGAAAAAGGAAAGUUUCAUAUGUAUUGCAGCCUUCAUUCAACAAGUAGGUGUUUCGGUAAUAAUGGGGUUAUUCAGGCUGUGAAAAAAAUGAUUGUUUUCUGUUUUUUUCGUUUUUUUACGUCAAAAAACCCAAUUCAGCGGUGUAAAAAAACGAAAAAAACGGAAAACAAACAUUCGCUGAAUAGCCCCAUAAGUUUUCCGUAGAAUGACAUUUCGAAUUAAAAUCCCGCCUGCCGCGACCGUUCUUUCAUUUUGCUUCGAGACCCGCGCCACCUCAAAAGUCUCUGCGCCUUUAACUUUCGGUCGCCGCGCGCGCCUUUUUCUCCGUUUGUCAACGAAAAACAUAGUAUUAAGUUUUGUGCUGAAAAUGCGCGAAUUUCAGUCAUUCGCCGAUACUUUUUGCCGUUUGAACGCUUAAAAUACUUGUAUUAACGUGCUUAAUCACUUCCGACACUCACUUCGUCUCAAAACUAUCCACAUCGGCCGGUAUGAAAAUUCCGAAAAUGCGGCGGCGAUUGGCCGCGGAGAGCGCGUAUUGCGAAAAAUGCCAAAAACGUCUCAAACGCGGCGUUUUCACGAAAAUUUCAAUGUUUUCUCUCUUUAAUGUGCUCUUCUUUCGUCGAUAUCAACAAAAAAAUAGCGGAAAAGUGCUGAAAUUGCGGCAAUUUUCAGAAAACCCGUCUCAGAUUAGGCCACGCCCCUUUCUACCCUUUUGGUCGCCGUGAAACUAAAGCCACACCCACACAAUUUCCAGGAAAUUCCACACACAUCUCUUGCAAUACGACGGCGAGGGCGGCUACAAAGUGACGGGCCUGAACGAGAAGACAAUCGGCGAGCGGCUCAGCUAUUCCGAGGAGAAGCAGCAGCUCGAGAAGCAGUUGUCCGAGGUGCCGCGGUGGAAAGAACGACUGCAGGAGGUGUGCCAGUUGCUCGGAGACGAGGAUCAUCUCAACCUGUCGAUCGACACCGACGAGAGUGAUUAG